AUGCAGAUCAUGAUAAACUCAGUUAUCGAGCUUUACUCGCUCCCCGAGACCAGUAGCAUACCUUUCUCCCGGGAUUCUGGGGGAACGUGGCUGCAACGGAACUUUCAGAUUUUUCUUGUAGACUUCUGUCUUGCUCCAGUGAUUGGAGUUGAAGAUCAGGCACCACUGCACUCGCCCCCCCGAUGUGCGUGGGAGAGAAGUCCCAUCCGUGCUCUGUCUCUCGCGACGACCUCCUCAUAUGCCGAUUACAAGGUGAGCAGAUACAGACGCUGGUUGACACCGAGAUCAUUGAAACGGAUCCCCAUUGCAACCUUUCACCCUGACGGAAACAAGCCUAACGUGGUUCUACAUACAGUCCAUCAAAUGAAGACUCCGUCACAUCUUGAUUCGAGCUUAGAAUUGAUAGCCUGCUCUUUGAAGCACUGCAAUAAUCCCAAGAAUCAAUGCGAAGAAGAGGCUGAGACAUUCUCAAAGAUGAAAUUGAGUCAAGCGGAUGGCGAAACAAAAGAGCUUGAAUUCGUCGAUGAGCCUUGCGAUCUCGUUCUCAGCAGCCCUGUUCGUCAUGGUCAAAGCCCGCCGAAUAUUCCCAGAAAAGUGCAGUUCAUAACAGACCUCAUCUCCUCAGAGAUGAUGGGUCUCCUGCAGUACCACCAUAAAGGUCAUUACCGGCGUAUCGCUGCUUUUGGGAGUAUAAGGCGUAGUGAGACUUACUUUUGUGUUGGUAUGACCCUUGCACAUUGGGCCAUCGUCUUGUAUCGCUUCCAGAAAAGCCAGCGUGUAAGCUGUUUGAUGACUCGCAUCUCAAUUUCGGGGAUUCCGAACCAGUGUCUCCGCAUCAAAUGGCAACAAAGACCGUUGAGUGAGGCGUCCUCUCACGAAGCGUUGGUGGACAAUAGGUCAUCAACGUGCACCAUCUACCAAGGGAGGUAG